AUCACACACCUCUUAGUCUCAUACCCUACCGGGACAGUGACUGACUCACUGACUUUGCUGAGCUUUCUCUCUCUCCCCCUCUCUCUCUCUAACAUGCAAUCCUGGGUCCCUCUUUCUGUCUCUGUCUUUAUAUCGAUCACUCUCUUCCUAUAUACGUAUGUACACUUCUCUAAUUGCAGUUGACGACAACGUGGACUGCAAGUGCUGACUGGUAUUUCGCCAUUUUAUUAGCUUAUAAAGCUAACAGACAACACCCCUUCUCAUCCCUCUCGUACAUUCACCCUCUCUCUUCUAUCUUUCUAUUCAAACGUUUUAUUAUUACAUUGCUCCCCCAGUUUACUAUUUGAUCGUACCCUCCUGCUACCAGCCUUUAACUAUAAACUCACCAUCUCUAUACUUUUCCAUCAUUGCCUUACCUCAUUUCUCUCUGUCUCUCUCGCGCUCUCUCUCCCUCGAUCUUCUUCCUUCUUCUUCUCUUGAUUUUCUUAACUUCAUCCACGGCUGCCCAUUUGAUCUUUUGUUGCCUUGUUUUGAAUUCGAGGCAACGGGAGACAACCCAUUAGCGCAAGUACGAAUUUCGAAGAAAGAAGAGAUGCAUCGUUGCAGUAGCUCACAAGGGAACAUGGCGGGUCCAUGUACAUGUGGGCUGUUCCACAAUCAGAGCAAUUCUUUCUCUAUGCUCUUCUCCAUGCCCAAUCACAAGCCUUUCGAUGAAACAGACAUGUAUCCGUUCACGUCCUCUUCUUCUUCCGUGGAUUGCACUCUUUCUCUCGGAACUCCAUCCACUCGUUUAACGGACAAUGAUGAAAAGCGAAUGCACCACGAUCGACGGGCUGGUUCUUGUGUGUCUAACUUUUGCUGGGACAUAUUACAGUCCAAACACACGCCAUCUGCACCAACUCAUAAGCCCAGCCGCGGAGGAAGCAGCGGCAGCAACAGCAACAACUCCGCCGGCGAUCCCCUCCUCGCUCGCCGUUGUGCUAACUGCGACACCACUUCUACCCCACUUUGGAGGAACGGUCCAAGAGGCCCAAAGUCGCUGUGCAAUGCCUGUGGAAUUCGAUUCAAGAAAGAAGAGAGGAGAGCCACAGCCGCCGCCGCCACCACUGGUGCAACUGCAGGAGUAAUGGAACCGCAACACAUAAUGAUAAGCCAUCACAACAAUUCAUGGGUUCACCACUCUCAGGCCCAGAAAAUGCCCUGCCUCUCUCCGGCCAUGGGCAACGAAUUCAGGUUCAUCGAGGACGACGAUCGAGAUUCCGAUACCGGCAUUCCGUUCCUCUCUUGGCGUCUCAAUGUCACAGACAGGCCAAGCCUCGUCCACGACUUCACAAGAUGAAAAUAACGGUCGACUAUCAAGAUCAUGCAGCACUGAUAAUGCAUCACGACGACGACGACGACGAUGGUGAUGGCGACGGUUAUGGUCUUCAAAUUCUUUUUCCUUUUUGUUGUUUUCUUUUCUCCAUCUUAGAUGGAUGGAGUGAAAACGUGAUAAUUCUCUGUCCUAAAUUAGUUGCUUUUCUUUUCCUCCCCUUCUUUUAACUUUUCUCGUCCAGUCCAUCUAACCUUUUCGUUAGUUCACUUCCCAGUUUUCAUACUGAAUGAGUCGGUAAUGAUGAUGAUGAUGAAUCAAUGAUGAUGAAAAGUUCACCGUUUGAUGAGUUUGCUUGUUAUAUAAUAACGCUGAGGUGUUUGCAGA